ACGAAACAGGAAAACGAGUAAAGGAACAGCAAUAAAUUUUAGUAUAUUUUGUGUGCAAUUCAAAGAAAUUAAUGGCCAUGAGUUCCUUUUUGAUCAACUCCAACUAUGUGGACCCGAAGUUUCCUCCCUGCGAGGAAUAUUCGCAGAAUGACUACCUACCCAGCCACUCUCCGGACUACUACAGCGCUCAAAGGAGAGAGCCUGCGUUCCAAGAUGAACCGAUGUACCACCAGCGGUCGGGCUGCACCGACCCGCCUUACACACCGUGCCAGGGUCCUGGGCAUCCCGCGGUAGUGAUGUCUCCAAGGGCUCCGAUCCUCCCCCAGACCGGACUCUCAACUCAGCUCCCUGAGACAAACCAUCAUUGCCACUCCGUAACCCCAAGCCCUCCGCCUGCGUGCGGUCAAAACUCCGUCAACCAAAGCAACUCUUCUUCUAGCUCGUGUAAAGAUCCCGUGAUUUACCCCUGGAUGAAAAAAGUCCAUGUAAACAUCGUGAAUCAAAAUUAUACUGGGGGGGAGCCCAAGCGGUCUCGGACAGCCUACACGAGACAGCAGGUCCUCGAGCUGGAGAAGGAGUUCCACUACAACCGCUAUCUGACCCGGAGACGCAGGGUGGAGAUCGCCCACACUCUCUGCCUCUCCGAACGACAAAUAAAAAUAUGGUUUCAGAACCGACGAAUGAAAUGGAAAAAAGACCACAAGUUGCCCAAUACCAAAAUCAGGUCCACUAACUCGAGCACAGGCGACAGCCAGUCACAAGGGAACUCUCAGAACAGAACCUGUGGACCUCCUUCGAGCUUAUAGCCCUCGGUGCCCCAACACCUCAGUAUCGGAGGACCUCAGACACACGAAAACGACUAUAUUUAUGAAAUAAACGGGGGUGAAGACUGAACUUAGACACGAAUAUGUGUUUUUAUGCCCCCCCCAUCCACUCCUUUUUUUGCACUCUUCUCCUCCUGUCUUUCCCUCCAUUAAAGCAGAAUGCAGCAGAUAGCAUCGUUCAGAUUUGGUGAAGAUGGAUCCGUGUUUCAUCUUUAAUCACGCCAAACGCAGACCCAUUUGUCAUGUUUACUCUACGGUACAAAGGAUGAACCGUAGGCCUGCCAUUACCUCGACGUCGAACGUUGUACUUAUAAAUGACCCCUUGGUUCGUCAAGAGGAGAUGUUUUUUUCUAUUCCGUUUUGAUGCUCCUUAACAACAGCGAAAGCAAAAGAGUUUAAACGAAUCAUUGGGGUUUCGGAGUGUGUGUUUUGUUCUAGUUUGCGAAAGCUCUGUCAAUAAGCCUGGCCUGACAAUGCUUGUGAAUUCCAGCUCGUUUUUUGGGGGGAGAGACUUGUUUACCUGUGUACGCUUUCAUUAAUUGGUGCAUUUAAAAUGGAGAUGAGAAAAAGUGCGGAGGUUAUUGAAACCAAAAAAAAAGCCAGCAAAUGCUUGCUUUUCAAAAGUGAGGCGAACUUAAACGAGGAAGAACCAAUUGCCCUGGAGAACCCCCUGCGUUUUAACAUCGCAGUGAAUUACACACUUUGGCAUUUUAUUACCUCAAUUUGUGAUUAUGUUAAAUGUUUUUGUCUUGUGUUAUGAAGCCACCGCUUCAAUUUCAAUCGAUUUUCCUGGCGAGCACACGGAAGUAGUACUUAUUCAUACCUUUUAAGUCAAAUGUAGUUUAAGCAAAUGUGUGCCCAGGUCUAUGACAUACAAAGCUGCGUAUAUUGCAUGACUGAAACAAAAAUAAUAUUUUUCUUCUCCCUCUGUCUCUCUCAUCUUUUUUUCAGCACAUAAAAACGCGCGCACUCUGUUUUGGUUAAUUCAUUUUUUAUUUGCCCCCUUUAUAUUCCAAAGGAGAAUUUUGCUACAGAUUAUAUCAGAAAUGUUAUUUCCCUCCCUUAAUAGAAUGUCGGUCUUUAUCUUCUUGUUCUUCGUGUAUCUACCUUAAUAUUUGUAAAUAGGGAUAGUAUAAAUAAAAAAAAAACACCCUUUCCCGUCCGCGUGUCCUGUCCUUCUGUUCCUGUCUGUGCCCCUUUUUCCACCCUAAAGCUGAAAUGUUUUGCUCUAUGGAGAUGUUCUCUUGUUGGCAAGACAUGUAUUUAAAAAAAAACUGUUUCCUGUUGAUGUAUACGUGUCGUAAGACCUUGAGGCCUUCUUAACCGUGACUUACAUCGUCUGGAUACAAAUAAUCUUCCUGCAUUGCGCAUUGUCUCUUUAUAAACC